GGUCUGCCUAGACGCACGGAUCGAGUGAAGCAGCUGCUGAGGACUGCUCGGCUCUGCAGUUGCAACUGAUGGGCUUGUUUCCUAUCGGAACGGGGCUGCCCAGGUGCUGUGUAGCUCGCCGUGUGCCAGAGUCAGAUCGACGUAAUCAGGCACUAUAGCGGUAAGUGGAGGGGUUCGGAGGGUGGGUCCCAAUUGGAUGCUGGCCCGGAGCAAGCGUGCGAGGAGUCGAGAGGUCAGUCUGACGCUUGGAGUUCUGCAAGAUCGAGCUACCGUGCGUGUAGGCUGCUUUACUGCGGGGCCACAGGCCUCUGCUCCAGAUGUCCUGCACCUGGCUGCGCGUGCUUCGUGGACGUAUCGAGGUACCUUCCCAGGCUGUGCGGAGCAAGCCAACUCACAGGUAUCUUGGUAGCUAGGCAGCUCUGGGGGACCGGGUGGCAGGGUGGACUCAGUGCGGCGUGUCUCGAGUCACAGGUCAGACAGGUACGGAGUACCUCCUCGCCUGCUCGCCCAACCUUGGGGCCUGUUCUCCGCCCUUGAAUUGUGCUGCAUGGUACAUAUUCGCGAGCGGACGGGUACAAAAUCGCCGCCCAUGUACUGUCUCCUCCAGGUCCUGCAUCUUGCCAAUCCAAUCAAGACCCAUAUCUCCCAGACCUUCUGACGCAAGAGAUCAGAAGCUCUCGCAGCAGCUGGCUGGCGUGCGACCUCGACCGCGACCUGUGCUGCUGUCUGUUUUGUCGAGAAUAUCUGAGCUUGGGUCCGGCCUCGAUUGCUUUUGCUCUCGUCUCGUCCUGUCUCGCCCUGUCCUGGUCCCGACUAGACCUCAACUCUUCCUCCUGCCGUUUGGCUUCGCCCGUCCCACCGGCUCUCUUUUUGGCAUCAACCGCCCUGCCUUUGCCCGUUUGCCAACCGCCAACCAGAUCGACCCGGCUCUGCUCUGCACAGUACACAUCUUUGCACGGCGCUCCUUUGACCUCCCUCGUUGUCUUUUUAAGGUUCGCGCUUGCCUCAAAGUUGCCCACCCUAAGAUUUCGGCCUCACCGCGUCCCUUGGUUCCCUCUCCGCCGCCAUUGUCGACUCAUACGAUCGAGUGAGCCAAAGUUUGCCCUAGCGUUUCCUAUCUUUAAAUCGCCCAGCACCCUGACCGACCCGUAGAGCACCCUCGACACUCCUGAGCAGCCGCAUGCCGCAGACAACGAGGUAGCCCCGCUUCCAACAUCGUUCGUUGCAGACAGUCCUCCGUGCGGUUGCCCGCCAGAUGUUGCCCGCCAUGUCAGACUCUCCAGACUCGUCUGUACCGCCCACCCCGGACGAGCAGGUCGAAAGCAACCCUGCAUCACCUGGUUCCGACGCCGAUGAGUCCUCCGAAGCCAGCACGCCGCUGGACCCUCCCAGUGCGUCUUCCGACGCCAUACCUCAGUUCUCCCCCAAAGAACCACCUCGCCGUGUCCCCUCUCUUCGAACCGUCUCGGAUCCUCAAGGAAACAGCCCUGGCCUUGGAAUCCACCCCAGUUCCAGCGUAUCGGGUACCCUGAACAACGCGCGCCGGCCACCACCCGCGGCUAGCAGUCUGCCUAUGGAUCUCAUGGCCAAGGCGCGUGCCCUACAGGCGGAGCGGGCGGGUCUGCCACGGCCCAACAUGAGUGCAAUGGGCUCUCCCUCCCCCGGCUCUGGGUCAGCUUCCCCCAGAGGGUUUCCCGGUGGUGUUCCGGGCAACUUGAAAUUACCAGGCGCCAUGGGCGGCCCGUCUAGACCGCCGGCCCAGGGCUUUCCCAGGUCCGCUCCCGUCGUACCCGGUGCGAAGAAGCCAAGCUUGGCAGAUCGAAGAGGGGCGAUGAGGCUCGGCGGCCUACCGGGCGGACCCUCGCCGGCCGCGACCCCGAAGCUCUCCGAUAUGAACGGAGGCUCUGACGCGUCCUCCACGGAGGAUGGAAGGCGAGGCGACUCCAAGAUGAACGAAUUCAAGAACUACAUCGACACACAGAAGGGUUGGAUCACUUUUGACGGCGCAGCAACCAUCACGCGGACUGGUGUGAACUUUGCCAGCGGCGCUGCCUUCUCCAUCUCAUUAGAAGAAGUCGACAUCCUUGACGAGCUGGGAAAGGGAAACUACGGCACUGUUUACAGGGUUCGACAUGCGAGGCCCAAGGUACCCAGGUUUGGGCAGGGGUUGAGCGGCUUCAAACCUGCUUCCAGGCAAAACUCAAGCUUGUCAGAAAAGGACGAGUCCUCAGGAAGCGAGGGCUCACCCUCGACCCCGCGCGCCGGCAGGUUAGACGGUACAACAGGGCGGGUGAUGGCAAUGAAAGAGAUCAGGCUAGAACUCGACGAGGCCAAGUUCACCACCAUCCUCAAGGAACUCAUCAUACUCCACGAGUGUUCGUCGCCAUACAUAAUCGACUUUUAUGGGGCUUUUUUCCAGGAGGGCGCGGUGUACAUGUGCAUUGAGUACAUGGACGGCGGCUCUAUUGAUAAGUUGUAUGAUGGCGGAAUACCUGAGGACGUUCUCAAGAAAAUAACUUACAGCACGAUCAUGGGUCUGAAAUCGUUGAAAGACGAGCACAACAUCAUUCAUCGAGACGUGAAGCCGACCAACAUUCUCGUCAACUCCCGGGGUCAGGUCAAAAUAUGCGAUUUCGGUGUUAGCGGGAACCUUGUGGCCAGCAUUGCGAAGACGAACAUAGGCUGCCAAAGCUACAUGGCCCCUGAGCGAAUAUCUGGUGGCGCAAUGGCUGCCGGCGCGGACGGAACCUACAGCGUCCAAAGCGACAUCUGGAGCUUGGGGUUGACCAUCAUCGAGUGUGCUAUGGGCAAAUACCCUUACCCGCCGGAGAUUUCGGCCACCAUCUUCGGCCAGCUGAACGCAAUCGUUGAAGGCGACCCGCCAGAUCUACCCGCAGAAGGCUACUCCGCACAAGCCCGCGACUUUGUCAAGUCAUGCCUCAACAAAAAUCCAAAGAAGAGGCAUACGUAUCCCAUGCUUUUGCUCCACCCUUGGAUCAAAUCCCUGAGCAAGCCCGAGACGAUCACCGAGGAAGCAGAGGCCGAGUCGGAGGCCACGGACAAUGACCUCGCCGACGCGGCCGCGAAACAGCUUUCUAUCAACGAAGGCUCAGGAGAUGCCGAGGUUGCGCAAUGGGUACAAGAGGCGAUGGAGCGCAAGAAGCAAGGGCCGCAAUCAACAAGUACGGAGAAGCCGGCGUUGCAUGCAGCACCAUUUGACAGCGUCAGCCCAGCUGCUAGUCUCGAAUCAUAGCCAAAGAUUCCCGUGUGAAACCGGUGUUCCUUGGUCUCGGCCCUGAUGAGGAAUACGGGACCAUCCACCACAUAUCCUUUCCUCCAGUCCUGGACGAGCUGGAUUGAAUUGCUAAGGCACAGGCGGGUUCUGGGUGUUCUUCUUCUUGCGCCAGCUUGCUUCAAAUCGGCCACAGUCUUGGUUCUGCCCAGCCUUGUGAUGGUGGUGGGUUCUUGUAUGGUAAGGAGUGGAAGCACGGGAGCGGAGCACUUUCUACUUUUCUCGUAUUUUACACGAUUCCGUUUUGAAAGCGAAGCAAAGCAAAGCAAGGCAGAAUCAGAGGACAUUUCCUGGAAAUAAAGAACAUCAAUCACACGCAGCUCUCCGCAGGUCAGGAACGAUCGGUUCGGGCGAUAUCUCGUCGGAACUCCUCAUCACGAUCGUUUGAAGCGGGUUCGAUGGUAGGCUAGUGUCAAGCGCCCACCGCCGUGCGUUCAAGAGACAAAGCUGUAGAGCUUCACAAACGUGAGUAUAGUAUCGCGAUACGCGCUACUACAACACUAUAAUUUUACAGCAAUGUGAGAGCACUGGACGUUGAGGCUAUGCCAGAUGUGUACCAACGGAGGCAAGCCGCAGUGCCGGCGGU